AUGGAUUUGUGGAUAGAGCUUCUCGCUUCCGCCUUUUUGAUCCUCGCUGGUGUUGUCGUCCUGGUGGUAGCUAUCGGUGUGCGGGCGCUCUUUCGCAACUUCAACCGUCGCCCUGAUCCGCCAGUGUCCUCCAAUCUUGGGCAGAAUGCACCGCACGUUACGAUAAUUCGACCCGUCAAGGGCGUUGAGCCCCGGCUUUACGAUUGCAUCGCUGCGUCUUUUCGACAGGAUUACCCCCAGGACAAGAUCUCCAUCCGACUGUGUCUCGAAGAUGAUUCCGAUCCAGCAUUUCCGAUCCUCCAGAAGGUUAUCGACGAUUUCCCCGCGAUCGAUGCGCGUAUUAUGCUCGAGAAGGAGGACUACGCCCUAGGCGACACAGUCAACAUGGGACCCAAUCCCAAGAUCCGCAACCUCAGCCGAGCGUACCGAGAAGCUAAGGGAGAUAUCAUAUGGAUUGUGGACUGCAACGUUUGGAUGGCUAAAGGAGUUUUGGGCCGCAUGGUUGAUAAGCUUAUGGGCUACAAGGUGGGUGGUGGCUCCAAGCCAUGCAAGUUUGUCCACCAAUUGCCCAUUGUUGUUGACCUGAUCGACUACUCUACACCGCUUGCAGCAGAUGGCCAGGCUCUUCUAGCUGCGUCUUCUGAGGAAGUCCAUACUUCCGAUCUGGUUGGCGAGGAUGCGCAUGAUGACCCUCAGGUCAUGUCUCAAGGCGGCGGGCGCCUUGACGAGAUGUUUAUGGCGACCGCGCAUGCCAAGUUCUACAGCGCCAUCAACACGGUUGGCGUAGCGCCCUGCGCGGUUGGUAAAAGCAACAUGUUCCGCAAAUCACACCUCGAUCACGCGACCGACGCUGUAUUGAACCCCAAGAUACCCCAGGACAAGAACCUCCCUACCGGCGUGGACUACUUCUCGCACAACAUUUGCGAAGACCAUCUUAUCGGUGACCUUCUCUGGCAGACCGAUUUCCCCGGUCAUAGAAAACAUGGGCUGGUCUGGGGAGAUAUUGCUGUCCAGCCUAUGUCGGGCAUGUCUGUCAAGGCUUAUGCGGCAAGACGGUGUCGAUGGCUCAGAGCUAGGAAGUAUACAGUCCUCUCAGCGACGAUUCUCGAGCCCUUUACUGAGUGUUUCUUGUUUGCUACCUACUUUUCCUUUUCAAUCACAACUUUACCGUUCUUCAGUGCAAACUGGGGCAUCCCCAAAACCUGGAGCGCUAUGGCCAUUGCAUGGUUUGUAACAGCGACUCUCUGGAUGCUUGUGGACUUUUUUGGUUUCCGACGUCUACACUCUGGUGUCACUAUGGAGAUUGACGAGCACACGCCUUGUUUCGCCAAGGGCUUUAUGACACGAGGAGGAAUCAAGAGCCGAAAGUUUCUAGAAUUCCUGGCUGCCUGGAUCGGCCGUGAGGCUCUUGCUUUACCGGUCUGGGCAUACGCUGUUAUCUGUGGUAACACGGUCAACUGGCGAGGAAGAUUAUUUUACAUACAUUGGGACACGACGGUCGAGGCUGUCGAUGCUCAGGACGAACGAAGUCGCGAGGUGCGGACUCCAGAGCUUGAACGAGGAAACUCACAUAACAAGCAUAGAGUUGACUGA